AUUAACUCGCUGUGCUAGUCCUAUAGCUAUGUACCUAUCUCCAUUCCUGUUUUUAUCUCGCAGAUCUGUCUCCAAGACUCUGGAACUGCCGCAAUCUUUUCCUUACCCACUGCUUCUGAGGAGCUCAUCUUUAAGACCUCUGCAAGGAGUGUCUCAAACACCUGGGUGGGGCAGGUGUCAUGGCUGCCAGGCUUAUAGGAUUCUUUCUACUUCAGGCGGUAACAUGGGCAUAUGGUGCCCAACCCUGCAUCCCUAAAAGUUUUGGCUACAGCUCAGUGGUCUGUGUCUGCAAUGCCACAUACUGUGACUCUCUUGACCCCCUGACCUUACCUGCUCCUGGUACCUUCAGCCGCUAUGAGACCACUCGAAGUGGACGACGAAUGGAGCUGAGUGUCGGGUCCAUCCAGGCCAACCGCACUGGCACAGGACUACUACUGACCUUGCAGCCAGAAGAGAAGUUCCAGAAAGUGAAAGGCUUUGGAGGAGCGAUGACAGACGCUGCUGCUCUCAACAUCCUGGCCUUGUCUCCCUCUACCCAGAAUCUGCUGCUCAGAUCAUACUUCUCUAGUGAAGGAAUUGAAUAUAACAUCAUCCGGGUACCCAUGGCUAGUUGUGACUUCUCCAUCCGUGUCUACACCUAUGCUGACACCCCUAAUGACUUCCAGCUAGCCAACUUCAGCCUCCCAGAAGAAGACACCAAGCUCAAGAUACCCCUGAUUCACCGAGCCCUGAAGAUGUCCCCACGCCCCAUCUCACUCUUUGCCAGUCCCUGGACAUCUCCCACUUGGCUCAAGACCAACGGAGCAGUGAAUGGAAAAGGGUCCCUCAAGGGACAACCAGGGGAUAUCUAUCACCAGACCUGGGCCAAUUACUUUGUCAAGUUUCUGGAUGCUUAUGCUAAGUACAAGAUAAAAUUCUGGGCCGUGACAGUGGAGAAUGAGCCUUCUGCAGGACUCUUGACUGGGUACCCCUUCCAGUGCCUGGGCUUCACUGCUGAGCAUCAGAGAGACUUCAUUGCCCGCGACCUAGGACCAGUGCUUACCCGCAGUUCUCAUGAUGUCCAGCUAUUCAUGCUAGAUGAUCAGCGUUUGCUGUUGCCCCGCUGGGCACAGGUGGUGCUCUCAGACCCAGAGGCCGCUAAGUACGUUCAUGGCAUCGCUGUACACUGGUACAUGGACUUUCUGGCUCCAGCCAAAGCCACUUUAGGGGAGACACACCGCUUGUUCCCCAACACAACACUCUUUGCUUCAGAGGCCUGUGUGGGUUCCAAGUUCUGGGAACAGAGUGUCCGGCUGGGCUCCUGGGGUCGAGGGACGCAGUACAGCCACAGUAUCAUCACGAACCUUCUUUACCACGUGGCAGGAUGGACCGACUGGAACCUUGCUCUGAAUCCUGAGGGAGGGCCCAACUGGGUCCGCAACUUUGUUGACAGCCCCAUUAUUGUAGACAUCCCCAAAGACACAUUCUACAAACAGCCCAUGUUCUACCACCUUGGCCACUUCAGCAAGUUCAUUCCUGAGGGAUCCCAGAGAAUAGGGCUGGUGGCCAGUGAGAAGAAUGACUUGGACACGGUGGCACUGAUACGCCCUGACGGCUCUGCAGUUGUAGUAGUGUUAAACCGCUCCUCCAAGGACGUUCCUCUUACCAUCAGUGACCCUGACCUGGGCUUCCUGGAGACCAUCUCACCUGGUUACUCCAUUCACACUUACCUGUGGCGGCGCCAGUGACAGAACAGCAUGGACAUUAAAGGGAGUUAGCUCAUG